AUGUGGAAUGCGGGAUGCGGGUUUUGGGAUAAAGAUAUCUUAGCCGGAGUAGCAUAUGCUCAAUUCAACCAGGAAGUGCGGGAUAAAUUUGAUAUUAAGGGACGGGAUCGCUGCUGGGACGAGAAGAACAAACGAGAGUUAAAGCGAUCUCAACGACGGGACGGAGCGCACAUGCGGAGAUUCUUCAGGGAGGUUUACGUGGACAGUGUUUUCCCAAUAUUAAAUUCCGCUGAAUUGCCACCGUAUAUCUGGGGUAACGACGAAAGAGAAAAGGAACGGCAUCUUUGGAUUCUUAACCAUUGCGAGAAACGAACUGCUCUAGAAAGUUUACUGUCUCCUGAUAGACUUUACAAACCUUUCAAUGUAGACCGCUUUACUCUCGACUUAUCAAAACUCGCGGCAACUUGACACUCGAGAAC